AUGCCCCGUCGCAAGCCAACGUCGACAACGGCCAAGAAGGCAGCACAAAAACUCAAGCGAGCUGUAAAGAGGGGCGACGUAUCCCCUCCCCCUCCAGCACCUCAACAUCGUCGACCCCGACCUGGACCUUCAGCAAGGGACCGCGAGUCUGGCAGACAGGAGCAAGCGAGGAGGGACGACACCGUGACCGCUGUCAAGAAAUUAGAGAGCAGGUUCUUGAAGCCUUCCAAGAGCUACCUGCUGCUCAGUGCGGAAAGAGCGAGUAGCGUCCCCCUUCGCAGGCCGAUUCCGAGGCAGGCAGCGAUCUUCCCCUUCGAACUGGUCGACCAUACGCAUGACCAGAGUGGGGCAGGAGAGCUCGUAUGCCCUCGAAGACCGAAAUGGAGGUAUGAGAUGACGAAGAAGGAGGUGGAGAGGAACGAGGAGGGCGUGUUUGCCAAGUGGAGGGAGGAGACAGAGGGGAGGAUGAGGAGCUGGAUGGAGCGAGAAAGGGAGAAGGAGAAGCUGCACGGAGAGACUGAAUGGGGAUCUGGUGGAGGACCAAGUUAUUACGAAUGGAACCUCGAGGUCUGGAGGCAGCUAUGGCGUGUAACGGAACUCUCCGACAUCCUCCUCGUCCUCCUCGACGCUCGUUGUCCGCCAGUGCACUACCCUCCCUCCCUGCGCGCCUACCUCAACUCUCUGCGCCCAGCACGCAAGCUCAUUCUCGUCCUUACAAAAGUCGACGUCGUUGGUCACGCACGGGCCGAACAGUGGGCCAAUUGGCUGAAAGAGAACUACGGCAAGGACGGGAUGCGGGUCGUCAUGGUCGAGGCUUACAGGGUCAAGCAUGCCUCGACUGAUGAUCCCGAUGUCAAGCGUGGGAAGAGGACGAGAGUGGAGCCUUUCCUCCCUGGGCAGUUCCGUUCUCAGCUCACACGCGUCCUGCGCGAGGCACACGAGGAACUGUGUACCCCUCCGCCGCAUAUUGCCGCUGAUCCGGAGAAAACCAGCGCUUGGAAAUGUAGUGUCAAGAAGGAGGUGGACUGGGAGGCACUGGAACGUGGGUUAGGGGAAGGGAAAGAGGUGCAUAUAACUGAAAGGGAGAGAGAACGGCCCCCACCUGAGGGCGAGCGGGUGGAGGACGCCCCCGAGUUCCUCACAGUCGGCUUGAUUGGCCAGCCAAAUGUUGGAAAGUCCUCCCUCCUGAACGCGCUCUUCGGCCGUACGCGCGUCCGCGCCUCCCGCACCCCGGGCAAAACGAAGCAUUUCCAAACGCUCUUCCUCUCCCCUCAGAUCAGGCUCGUCGACUGCCCAGGCCUCGUACUCCCUAGCUAUACGCAUCUGGAGAUGCAGGCCCUAACGGGGGUGCUGAGGAUCGCCGAGCUCCCUGGGCUGAGGAGCUGUGUGCGCUUCGCUGGGGGACUUAUCCCUCUGGAGAAGGUGUUGCAUCUUCGACCGCCGGAGAGUAUGAGGGAGAAACGCGAGUUACAGGCGAAGCGCACGUGGAGGGAUGACGGGGCGGAAAGGGCGGUUAGCCCUGGGGAGGGAGGUGAAGUGGAGGAAUGGACUGCAGUCCAGAUAUUGGAGGCUUAUGCGGAGGAGAAAGGGUUCAUGACUGCCAAAGCUGGGAGGUUGGACGUGAACCGGGCUGGGAAUACCAUCAUGCGAGCUUUGUCGGAGGGGAGGAUCCCGUGGGGGUUCGUACCGCCUGGGACGGACGUCUCUUCGAUCCCAGAGGGCGUAGGGAUCUGGCUCGGUGGGGGACAAGAGGGAGAGGAGGAGGGGAUGGAGUCGGAGCAGGAGAGUGAAGAGGAGAGCGAGGAGGCGGACGAGGAGAGUGAUGAGGAGGAGGAGGAGGAGGAGGAAGAGGAAGAAGAAGAGCAUUCGGUGGAGCAUGUGAAGCAUGCUAUGAGAGGCUUGACUGUUGGAGGAGGUUUCGCCGCUCUUGCUGCGGGGGAUGCUGGAUCAGAGGAGGAGGAAGAGAGCGAGGACGAGGAGUAACAACAAGUGUUGAG